UUCGAUCGCAAAUUGCAGUGAGCCAGUGAACUACAAGUCAGUGAAUUUUGUGUUGUUAUUCAACCAAAAUCUAGUAUGACAACCCCGGCUAGAAGACGUCUAAUGAGAGACUUUAAAAAACUUCAAGACGAUCCCCCUACUGGAGUUACCGGUGCUCCGACAGAAAACAAUAUAAUGUUAUGGAAUGCGGUGAUUUUCGGACCAGACGACACUCCGUUUGAAGGAGGAACUUUUAGACUAACCAUGGAAUUCACAGAAGAAUACCCAAAUAAAGCACCCACUGUUAAAUUUAUUUCAAAAAUGUUUCAUCCCAACGUUUAUGCGGAUGGAGGCAUUUGCUUAGAUAUUCUUCAAAACAGAUGGAGUCCCACAUAUGAUGUUGCAGCAAUUCUUACUUCAGUACAGUCAUUAUUAGAUGAGCCAAAUCCAAAUAGUCCUGCGAACAGCUUAGCUGCCCAACUCUACCAGGAAAACAAACGAGAAUAUGAGAAAAAAGUCAUUGCAAUUGUAGAGCAAAGCUGGCAGUCAACUUAAUUUCUUUGUUCUGUUUUCUACUCUGGCCUUUUUGUUUGUGAAUUGCUUGUGGUGGUUUCUUUGUUUGUUUUUGUAUGUGUGUGUCUUUUUUUUUAUUAGAACAAAAGUAUGUAUAGAAAAGGCAGAAAAUUUCCAACUCAACUUUGAACAGUUGAUGCAGAGUAUUGUUUCUGCAAACGGAAGCAACAUAAUAUGGUGUAGGCUAUCAUAAAUGUAAACUUUUUAGUACUUUAACAUUAAUGAGAUUUGUAUAAUAUUGCUCCAUAAUUAUUGUUUUUUGUUUUGUUAGAAAUAAGGCCUAGAUUGUUUGGAUAUUCUGUGCUUGUCAUGGACUAGAUUCAUUAUGUUAAAAGUGGUGUAAAUACACAGAAAUAAACUAAUAUCCUUGCAGUUGCA